AUGGCCAAGUCCAAGGUCACACAGCCAAGUGCAUCUGAGCAGCGCAGGAUCCAGGUUUCCUGCCCCAGUGCUGUUUCUGCAGCCCAUGCCACCUGUUUUCAUACUAUCUCGGUUCACCUUCCAGCUACACACCUGCAAUCAGAAACAGAAAGUCUGAGAGUGUGUGUGGAGACAAAGAGGGGACAGCAGUGGUUAGAAGCAAAGCACAAGUCAUACCUACAUUCAAGGAGAGGGGACCGUGCAAAGGAUAAACUGCAGGAGAGAGACAACAGAUUUACAUCCCAGACACAUUCACACUGGGCCAAGAGCAGCUGCCAUUGCAGAUUCGAGUUACGUCCUUUCUUCCCUCCUCCUCCUUCUUGGAGUUACAACAGAAGCUGGGGAGGUGAGAGUGCAGAAAGGACAUGGAUGAAGCAGAGAGGCACGUGCCUGUCUCAUUCGCCUCUGGAUCUGCUGCAUCCAGGACCACGCCAGCACAAAGUGGGAGCCCGAUAUUUAUUGAAGAAAUGAAAGGUGACAGAAGGCAGAAGGAGGGAGACCCCAAAAAAAGCUCCCCAUCCAUCCUGCUGAGAGCCACCUCCGCCACUCAAUGAAACCCCUGCAUUCAUCCUUCAGGUUUAUGUGUGACCUGAUUCUUCCGGGACACUGGACAACGACCUAGGUGCAGUGAACUGUCUAACACUUAAGUCAUCCAUGGACAGCAAGGCUAACAAAAUGCUCUAACAUGUGCCCACUUGGACUCUGGGAAUAGCAGACACCCACUCAUAGAUGCCACCGUGGGGCUGGAGCCCAAAAAGUGCUCACCCUGGCUCCUGCAUCUGCCCGUCUGCAUGUUCCCCCUCCGGUAAGGGGUUUGAGGAUGUGGCGGCCGAACAUAAGAGCUAUGCCCCUGUCACACAUCAUGGGACAGGGGUCAGGGAACUCUCCCAUUUCACUUUCAAAUAUUCCAGGUCCCCUUUUUGUUUGGGAGCCAGAGUCUAGUGGAGACAGAGAUAGAAAGCCUGAAAUAGGACCUGGGCAAUAUAAACCUACAUGCUGUAAGCCAAGUCAGAGUGAGGCUGAUGUGAUAACAAAAGUCUGAAUAAAAGGUGGGAGACAAUUAUUCUGACUGAAAGGGAGGCAAGAGUUCUGCCGUAGGCUUGAUGCUAUGUGCCCCUGGCUUCCUAACUCAUUUGCAAAUGGAAAAUACUAUUGCAUUGUAGGAACCUUCUUUUUCCAUUUGUCUGGGGAAGGAGAAAGAAUGGCUGGGCUGAAUGAUUUUAUCCCUUGGUCCUCUUCCAACAAAGCUCAGCUAUGAAAGAUAAAUCCAGCUCUCCCCACCCCCUCUCAGUGGAGCUGGGGAGAAAUCAAAAGCCCCUCUGCCAAUAAUGAGACCAAAGUUUGCAAGGGCAGGACGAGCCCGUGCUAACGGAGAAAGUGUUUCCUCAAUUUGGUUUUAGACUGUCUUGUCCUAUGGGGGAGAAAAGGUCUGCCCUUGGGAGAGGUGCCAACUUUAUAGAUCUAUUAAUAAAAGAACUGGCAGGCUUACAGUUCUUGCCAAUGAGGAAACUUGAAUGAGAGAAGCCAGGCUCAACCUUGGCCAACAGACUGGAGCCCAUCACCCUAACUUCACCCCGCUUCUCCUUACCCAAGCCUCAAAGGCUAGGCAGCACCCACCCAGCAGCUUCCACCUGACUGAAGCCUGCACCUGCUCCAGACCAAGGGUUAGAUGGAAAUUUGGCAUGGGAAGAGAGGGCUCACCUGUGGGCAGGAUAGAGUCUAUCCAAGAAGGAGAUCUGAAAAAUUAAAACCUGUGAGACAAGGGAUGAUCCUGAAGGCAGGCAGGAGAAAGGGCUGGAGGGAGAGGACACUGGGGAAUUUUUCCGGGUGAAUAUCGAAGUUACUAGAUGUUUUGUCUUGCAAAACUCAAGGGAAAACUCUCAAACUCUAAUGUUUGUCUAUUCUGUGUCCAAAUUGUCCUUUUGAAAUGGACCCACCUUUCAGUAAAGAAACUUGCAUUGGCCUGCCCAGCCUCGUGUGCUAGUUCUGUGGAAACUGACUGGCUAGGGUGGCCACAGGAGGAAGAGCCUGGUUCUCCCUCACCAGCUCCUUGUGAAGAAGGGACCUGGUCAAUAAGGCAAACGACACCACUUGCCAACAUUUGAUAUUGCCAAGUGCUUUUGUUUGGCACUACUAUAGAUUUUAAAAAUGUAUCUCACUUUUAAAAUAUGCAUUUUCUUGA